AUGACGGUCCUGCGGCAGGGUUGCCUGCCGACUCCCCGGCACAAGGUGAAGAACACAUUCAUCGAUCUGGACGAGGAGCUGGAAGUGAGCGGUGCCGAGUCGAUCUGGCAGCGAAACGCGACCGCGCCGGGCCGCAUGGGGGACCGGAGGACGCAGUCCUUGCCGAGCUCGCCGCGCCUGCAGAGCUCCAAGAAGGUGGGCUCGUCCGACACCUCCUCCGUGAUAGACUCGGAGGGCAAGGAGACCGGGUACGACACCCCCGAUGAGCUCCUGGACGACCAGCAGUCCGAGAUCGGCUGGAGCAGGUCGGACAUGCACAGCACGCUGGGGGAGCUGCCGCCGGUGAGCAUCUGGGCCAAUGCGGCGGAGGACGGCCACGACGGAGCUGCGGCGGACCUGUGCGCGUGGCAGCAGGGCUGGGUGGUCCCCGGCCUGAUGCAGUUCCCGGUGCACUUCUCCGCGGCCGCCGAGCCGUGGGCCGGGGCCGCGGCCGCGGCCGGCGAGGAGGGCAGGCCCGCGGACGGCGCGGACACG